AGUUGGGACCUCGACGACCGAACCCGCCGACCCAUCUCCAUCCCCGUGCCUGUGCCGUGCCGUGCCGUGCGGCCGUGCCACGCCGCCGCGACGCCAUGGGGAAGCGAUCCGGCGGCAGGAAGCUGCCGUUCUUCACCAGAUCCUCUUCAGCGUCGUCCUCCUCCAAGCGGAAUCGCUCCGCGCGCCGCCUCCCUAACCUUCCCAAGCAGGACAACGCGGCGAGGGCUCUUCUCGCAUCCCCCGCCGACGCCUCACCUUCCGCGACCCCGGCCGCCGCCGCGGCGAGGCCGACCGCGCAGCCGCCCCCUCCCAUCUCCGUUUCUGCGGGCGCCGGCGGUGUCGUGUCGGGUAAGGGCGGCAAGAAGAAGGGCGGCGCGCGUCUGUGGAUGCGGCUGGACCGGUGGGGUACCUCCGAGAUCGUCGAGCUCGACAAGGCCUCCAUCAUCCGGCGCACCGGUCUGCCCCCGCGGGACCUCCGCAUCCUCGGCCCUGUCUUCUCCCACUCCUCGAGCAUCCUCGCUAGGGAGAAAGCGAUGGUCAUCAACCUCGAAUUCAUCAGGGCGAUCGUUACUGCCGAGGAGGUCCUCCUGCUGGACCCUCUCGCGCACGAGGUGCUCCCUUUCGUUGACCAAUUGAGGCAACAUCUCCCUCUGAAGAGCCUGGUGGGUGGGAAUGGUGAAUGUGCCCCGGAUGGCAACGGGGAAAAGCAGGACGGCUCACCUGGAGGUCAGCUGCCCUGUCUUAAUGAGGCGACUGGGGCAGAGCACGAGCUUCCAUUCGAGUUCCAGGUGCUAGAGGUUGCGCUCGAGAUUGUGUGCUCGUCGCUGGACUUAAGCGUGGCCGACCUUGAGAGGCAUGCUACUCCGGUGCUUGACGAGCUGACCAAGAAUGUGAGCACGAGGAACCUUGAGAGAGUGCGGAGCCUCAAGAGUCUUCUUACCCGUUUACUUGCCCGUGUGCAGAAGGUGAGGGAUGAAAUAGAACAUCUUCUAGAUGAUAAUGAAGACAUGGAACAUCUGUAUCUAACAAGGAAGCAAGUACAAAACCAGCAGGUUGAGACUAUAAUGUCAUCUGCUACUUCCAACAGCAUUGUUCCCGCCGGAACAGGUGUGGCCAGGCUGAACUCUAGCUUUCGGCGUAGUGUGAGCAUUGCUACCAGCAUGCAUUUGGAUAAUGAUGUGGAAGAUCUAGAGAUGUUGCUUGAGGCCUACUUCAUGCAGCUGGAUGGAAUUCGCAACAGAAUUUUAUCGGUUCGGGAAUAUAUUGAUGACACAGAAGAUUAUGUCAACAUUCAACUCGACAACCAGCGGAAUGAACUCAUUCAGCUCCAGCUUACACUGACCAUUGCAUCCUUUGGGAUAGCUACCAACACAUACAUAGCAGGGGCUUUCGCAAUGAACAUCCCGUCCAGUCUGUAUAGCACUGACGGCAGCCUCUUUUGGCCAUUUGUCGGGGGCACCUCAUCGGGCUGCUUCGUAAUCUUCAUCAUCUUGUUAGGGUACGCCUGGUGGAAGAAGUUGCUGGGUCCUUGAACAUGAAGUGAAGGAAAGCCAUGGGAGAGAGUCUUGUCAUGGUUGCAGAAAGGAAGGAGGCACUUCUAGGUUAGAGGAGAACCACGGUAUAGCAAGAAUACCGUACAUAACAUCUCAUGAGUAGUCAAUAAGAUGAGCGCACUGUAAUUUCUCACCGGCACAAACUACAAGAUGAGAUGAUGUAAUAAUCAGUAUGCUGUCAUCUUAAUAUUAGUGGAUGUAGCACUUGCUGGCGAUUAAAAAAAUGUUGCGAUGAAAUUAUAGAUCCGCAAAUGCUUGUUUUAUGUACAGAUUUAUGUCUUUCUGUUCUAC